AUGUUCAGCUCCAUCGUACAUCAUCCUUGCGAGAUAUCGCUGCAUCUCGUCUCGCAGGACAUCUUCAUCCACCCACCACCGCCCAACUCCGAGUUCCCCGGCGAUGACAAGACCCUUCGCGGUCUCGUCGAGAUCAAGUGUCCUAGCGAGCGUCAUAUCCAAGGCGUAAAGGUGGUGCUGCAGGGCGUACAGACGCUAGCUAUCCCCGAGAAUGCUUCCUCGUCCGUCUCUUCAAUACGAUGGGAGGAGAAGGUCAUCAUGGAAAAGACGGUAGAGAUCAUGAACGACGGUACAGCAGGCGCCAUACCAGUCCGUCCAUCACGCUCCAAGGGCAAGGAAAAGGAAAAGAACUGCGCCGUCUCCGAUGGCCUCCAUCUCGACAAGGGCAUCCACGGCUUCGAGUUCGCCUUCAUCAUUCCCGCUUCGAUCCCGCCCUUCGAGCGUAGCAAGCACGGCCGCGUUCGCUACAUUCUCACCGCAACUGCUCUCGGUGCGGGCCGUGCGCGGAACAAUAUCUCCACCUGGAAGGAGAUCUUCAUCAUCCUCCACGUCACCUCGGACGGCGGUCCGGCGCCACUCGAUAUCCAGUACCACGACGUACACGAAGCUCUCGGACCGCUUUCCGUAUCCCUCACUUCAGCAUCUCUCACAGUAGGAGGCACUGCGAACCUCAAUCUCUACCACCCAGACCCGCCCGCAGGACUCAACGUCCACGUCAUCCGCGUCUUCCUCGAGCAGACCUUCGAGCUGUACAGUGAAGUGCGUAAAGGCUGGCUCAAGCUUCCCACCGAGAAGCUGCGUCUCUGGGAAAAGGGCUACAUGCCGUACAAGGCCAAGCAGCACAACGAUUCCGUGGGACCCGAAGACUCGAUAUGGAUCGGAGACAUGGAGAACGGUGCAGCGGGUCGACCUGGUCGAGGAGCGGGACCUGGACCUGCCAACCUGUCACCCUUUGGCUUGCCACUCAACGGAUCCGUCUCGGCGCCUGUCACCCCUAUGGAGCCAGUGACCCCCAUGCAGUACGACAAUGGCUACCGAAUCAAGUCGGUGGUGCGCCUACCUGACGACAACAUCCUCCGGCCCAGCACCGUUCGAGGCUCUCGCGCCGAGAUCCGCGUCAGUCACGAGAUGGGCGCCGAGGUCUUCUUCUCUCGUAAGGAUGUUUUGGACACAAGAGAGGAGAGCGACAGCUUUGGCAAGCCCAAGGUGCAAGUCUUUUCCAUGCGAAGAGCGACGACCAUCCCGUCUUGCUGCUGCACUUUCGAUACCAUCCAUCUGCCGCCCUACUCGCUCGAGUCGCCCGUCAACUCCAGGCCAUCAUCUCCGACCCCCUCGACGCCGGGCUCUUUGCGCAAUUCGCAUCCUGAGCUUGAGCACUGGAAGCGCACUACCACGCUCAAUCACACGCUGCCUGGCUCGCGUGGAAGCUCAGCAUUCAGCUCCGCCCUCAACUCGGCCGCUAACUCUCGCGCCGGCUCGCGUGAUACCUCGCCUACACGACACGGCUUUGCCUCGCACUUUACUGCGUCCGGUCGUAAGAGCCGCAACUCGAGUCCAACACGCAACAAUCGCGGCAGAUCUGGCAAUGGCCUCAGCAGCAUCGGUUUGCAUGCUCUCACGCCAGCUUCUGCCGGCCACAUUGACCAGAACGGAAGCAACCGCAACCACGGCUAUUCGACGCCGAGGUCGCUUCCGGACAACGUGCCGUGGGCAGUCAGCUACCUGCCCGAUCGCACCGGCACCUCGCAUGCAACUUGCAAUUGCGGUCGCACCACCGAGGAGCUCACCGAGGCAGAACAGCGUCUGCUCGAAGGCGUGCCCACUGCUCCCGGUGCCUGGGUGGAGAACACGGACGCCAACGUCCCGCCACCGCCCUGGGCACCGCCGUCGCGGGCAAGCAGCCCUGUCAGCGGCUGGCACCACGGACCUGGCUCGGCGAGGGAGGGCUUCCGUCCUCGCGGCAAGCUGGCCGAGAUCGAGACACCGUUUGGCAGUCCGUCGGCGUAA